AUGGCGAACGGGAGGGUGAUGGCCUUUUACAUCACGGUCUGCUGCAUUGCCUUCGUGGCUUCCAAGGUGGUGAUUUCGGUGCUCCUCUACAAACGAUGGCUGAGGAAGAGAAGGAUCAUCGAGGAGGGUUUCAGCGGCGGCAAGUUGGUCCUCUUCAGGUCUCUGACGACGGCGCAGGCGCUGCCCUCCAGGGCUUUCCUGAAGAAGACCAUGAGGCUGACCAGCAAGGACAUCAUCGGCUCUGGCGGCUACGGCACCGUCUACAAGCUGGUGAUCGAUGGCGGCGCCGCCGCUUUCGCCGUGAAGAGGCUCAGCCGCGGCAGCGCCGAUAGGGACCGAGGCUUCGAGCGGGAGCUGGAGGCUAUGGGGGACAUCAAGCACCGCAAUAUCCUCACCCUCCACGGCUACUACACCACUCCUCAGUUCAACCUCCUCAUCUACGAACUCAUGCCCAACGGCAGCCUCGACGCCCUCCUCCACGGUACCUUCCAUGUACCAAAGAGGAUCUUAGAGAGAGAGAGAGAGAGAGAGAGAGAGAGAAAGAGAGAGAAGGAUAUGACAGUCUAGAUUAGAUCCCCGGAUGAAAGGUGUUGACGUGAUCCGUUGGCUGAUAGGGACUUGAUGGUGUUAAUGGUGCAGGGAAGGAGAAGGAGAAGAAGGCUCUGGACUGGGCGACGAGGCACAAGAUAGCCGUAGGCACGGCCCGGGGGCUAUCGUACCUCCACCACGACUGUGUCCCCAACAUAAUCCACAGGGACAUCAAGUCCAGCAACAUCCUCCUCGACGAGAGCAUGGAGGCGAAGGUAGCGGACUUCGGGCUGGCCACGCUGGUGGCUCCCAGCCGGACCCAUGCUUCAACCGUGGUGGCCGGCACCUUUGGCUACCUGGCGCCCGGUAUGAGCCAACAACCUCGUCUUCUUCCUGAGCAUACACCGUCUCUCUCUCUCUCUCUCUCUCUCUCUCUCUCUCUCUCUAUAUAUAUAUAUAUAUAUAUAUAUAUAUAGUCUAUAGUCUUAAUAUAUAUAGAGAUAUAUAUCUAUCAAUCUGUCCAUCUAAUGAUCUAUCUUGAAGGGUCUGACAGUUUUCCUGUUGUAUUCCAUCUUUAUCCAUAUUUUGCAGAGUAUUUUGAGACAGGGAGGGCAACAACGAAAGGGGAUGUCUACAGUUUUGGCGUGGUGCUGCUUGAGCUCUUGACUGGGAGGAAGCCCACGGAUGAGUCCUUCGUCGAGGAGGGCACCGGGCUCGUUUCUUGGGUAAUUAACUGCGCCCCUCACAAGCUUUGAUUACGCUCGGUUAGAUAUAUUGAUUCUUGAUACCUUGUCUUUUGCAUAUAGUUUUAAGAAAAACGGCCAAAUCUCUAGGGUUUCGCUGCGUUUUAGAUGAACUAAUAGCCAUGAUCAUGGCUUCCAAGGGCAGGACCCAAAAUCAUGAUGACAGUGGCAUCUUUUUAAUUGUCGUUGCGCUCUUGAUUGAGUUCAUACCAGAACCAUAAAUUCAUCAUAAAACCAUAAAUUCAAUGCAAAUUUAAUUUCUCAAAUCUUCAUAGCUCCAAUUAAUUACCAUGUUAGUUCUUCUCUCCUUCUCUUAUUUCUUUUCUCGUUCAUCUCAAGGCCAUCGAUGGGGGAGAGAGCAGUUUUGCAUACCAGACGAUUAUCCUCCUAACAUUUGAAAAAAUUCAAAAACAAUAAAAUAAUAAUGUAUAUUUCAUCGUCUAACAAACAUACAAAACCCAUUAAAUUACAUAUUUACUGCUGUUGUGAUUUUCAAACAAUGAAUGUGGUGAAUGAUCAUAUAACUAAGUCCCUUCUCUUCAUGAUAUUCAUAGUCCAUCUCAAAACCAUUGCUGGGAGAAACGGGGAAGCAGUUAACUAUUGAUUUUUUUUUCCAAAAAAUUCAAGACCGGAUUGUACAUAUUUCAUCAUCUGAAGGGCAUAUUAUAUCCUGGACAAUGUUUUUCUCUUAUUCUGAUCUUCGAAGUUCAUCUUCACACCAUAAAUAGGUAAAAACAUCAAUAAGAAAUUCCCGUAUGCUCCAUUUAAUUUCCGUCUUGGGCCUUCUGUCCUCCUCUUCAUGUUCUCCAUAAUGCAUCUUGAAACCAUUGAUGGGGAGGGAGGAAGGAGUGAGUUAUGUGAUGAAAGGGACCUGUUCAUACGAUUAUCCCUCUUUAGAUUUUUAUUUUUCCCUAAAUUCUAGCCUAGGUUGAAUGUAUAUGGUAUCAUCCAAAGAACAAUCUAAAACCCCAACAACACAUUUUUUUUUGUUUAUUUUAAGAUUUCCUUUUCUAGCAAUAAGUGGGGAAAAUACUCAUAUAGAAUAAAUUCCGUCCCAUGGAAUUCAAUUUCCCUCUUGGUACUUGUGUCCUUCUCUUCAUCAUGAUCAUCAUCAUCCCACAUGAUUGCUGACGAAUUCAGACCCAUACCAUGUUAUAUAUUUCAUGUUCAAAGCUCCUCAUAAAACCCUUCAAUCGACGCCCUUUCAUGGGGACCAACCAUCUCACAUGAUUUUGUGGCGAGUUCUAAUAUUUCAUCAUCCAAUGAGCAUCUAUCUAAGCAAUGGUUUCGGGCCCUCCAACAGGUGAAAGAAGUGGCUAACAGCAAGUGCAUCGAUCAUGCAGUAGACGGCAGCUUGGUCUGCUACCCUCUGGAAGAGACCAUCACCAUGUUCUGCAUUGCAGAGAGGUGCCUGGAGACGGACCCCUCCAAGAGGCCAUCCAUGUCCGAGGUCCUUAAGAUGCUGGAGCAGAUGAACUCAGAAGACUACGCCCUCAAAGUAGUAGAUCAAGAAUUUAUCAGAGAUCCACAAGUCUGA